AGCGAGCCGGCGGCCUGAGGAGGCUACUGACUGAGCACCGCACCGGGGGAGCGAGGAGGCGCGGCGGAGCGGACGGGCCCGGAGGUGACAGAUACACGGCGCGGCCGGGACGGCGAGCGAGCGGGCGGGCGCGUGCGGGACGCAGCCAUGAUCACUUCAGCUGCUGGAAUUAUUUCUCUUCUGGAUGAGGAAGAACCACAGCUUAAGGAAUUUGCACUACACAAGUUGAAUGCAGUUGUCAAUGACUUCUGGGCAGAAAUUUCUGAGUCUGUAGAUAAAAUAGAAGUUUUGUAUGAAGAUGAAGGUUUCCGGAGUCGGCAGUUUGCGGCCUUAGUGGCAUCUAAAGUAUUUUAUCACCUUGGGGCUUUUGAGGAAUCUCUGAAUUAUGCACUUGGAGCUGGUGACCUCUUCAAUGUCAAUGACAACUCUGAAUACGUGGAGACUAUUAUAGCAAAAUGCAUUGAUCACUACACCAAACAAUGUGUGGAAAAUGCAGAUUUGCCGGAAGGAGAAAAAAAACCAAUUGACCAGAGAUUGGAAGGCAUUGUAAAUAAAAUGUUCCAGCGAUGUCUAGACGAUCACAAGUAUAAGCAGGCUAUUGGUAUUUCUUUGGAGACCCGAAGACUGGAUAUUUUUGAGAAGACUAUACUGGAGUCGAAUGAUGUCCCAGGAAUGCUAGCUUAUAGCCUCAAGCUCUGCAUGUCUUUAAUGCAGAAUAAACAGUUUCGGAAUAAGGUGCUAAGGGUUCUAGUUAAAAUCUACAUGAAUUUGGAGAAACCCGAUUUCAUCAAUGUUUGUCAGUGCUUAAUUUUCUUAGAUGAUCCUCAGGCUGUGAGUGAUAUCUUAGAAAAACUGGUAAAGGAAGACAACCUCCUGAUGGCUUAUCAGAUUUGUUUUGAUUUGUAUGAAAGUGCUAGCCAGCAGUUUUUGUCAUCUGUAAUCCAGAAUCUUCGAACUGUUGGCACCCCUAUUGCUUCUGUGCCUGGAUCCACCAAUACGGGUACUGUUCCAGGAUCAGAGAAAGACAGUGAGUCAAUGGAAACAGAAGAAAAGACAGGUAGUGUGCUUGUAGGAAAGACGCCAGAAGUGAGUCCAGAGCCCAAGGACCAGACUUUGAAAAUGAUUAAAAUUUUAAGUGGUGAAAUGGCUAUUGAGUUACAUCUACAGUUUUUAAUACGAAACAAUAACACAGAUCUCAUGAUUCUAAAAAACACAAAGGAUGCAGUACGGAAUUCUGUAUGUCAUACAGCAACCGUUAUAGCAAACUCUUUUAUGCAUUGUGGGACUACCAGUGACCAGUUUCUUAGAGAUAACUUGGAAUGGUUGGCUAGGGCCACUAACUGGGCAAAAUUUACAGCUACAGCCAGUCUGGGUGUAAUCCAUAAGGGUCAUGAGAAGGAAGCGUUACAGUUAAUGGCAACAUAUCUUCCCAAGGACACCUCUCCUGGAUCAGCCUAUCAGGAAGGUGGAGGUCUCUAUGCCCUAGGUCUCAUUCAUGCCAAUCAUGGUGGAGAUAUAAUUGACUAUCUACUUAACCAGCUUAAGAAUGCCAGCAAUGAUAUUGUUCGACAUGGUGGCAGUCUUGGCCUUGGUUUGGCUGCCAUGGGGACUGCGCGCCAAGAUGUGUAUGAUUUGCUAAAAACAAACCUUUAUCAGGAUGAUGCUGUGACAGGUGAAGCAGCUGGCCUGGCCCUAGGUUUGGUUAUGUUGGGCUCUAAAAAUGCCCAGGCUAUUGAGGACAUGGUCGGCUAUGCACAGGAAACUCAACAUGAGAAGAUUCUGCGUGGUCUUGCAGUUGGCAUAGCAUUAGUAAUGUAUGGGAGGAUGGAGGAGGCUGAUGCUCUCAUUGAAUCUCUGUGCCGUGAUAAGGACCCAAUUCUUCGACGGUCUGGAAUGUACACUGUAGCCAUGGCUUAUUGUGGCUCGGGUAACAACAAAGCUAUUCGACGCCUGCUACACGUUGCUGUAAGUGAUGUCAAUGAUGAUGUCCGGAGGGCAGCAGUAGAAUCACUUGGGUUCAUUCUAUUCAGGACCCCUGAACAGUGCCCCAGUGUUGUUUCAUUGCUAUCAGAGAGUUACAAUCCUCACGUGCGUUAUGGAGCUGCUAUGGCCCUGGGCAUCUGCUGUGCCGGUACAGGAAACAAGGAAGCAAUUAAUUUGUUAGAACCGAUGACAAAUGACCCUGUGAACUAUGUGAGGCAAGGAGCUCUGAUAGCCUCAGCUCUCAUCAUGAUCCAGCAGACUGAAAUCACUUGUCCAAAGGUGAAUCAGUUCAGACAGCUGUAUUCCAAAGUCAUCAAUGAUAAACAUGAUGAUGUUAUGGCUAAGUUUGGCGCUAUUUUGGCGCAGGGCAUACUGGAUGCAGGUGGUCAUAAUGUCACAAUCUCCUUGCAGUCCAGGACUGGGCACACCCAUAUGCCUUCUGUAGUUGGCGUCCUUGUCUUUACCCAGUUCUGGUUCUGGUUUCCUCUUUCACACUUUCUGUCAUUGGCUUAUACCCCUACCUGUGUCAUUGGCCUUAACAAGGACUUAAAGAUGCCGAAAGUUCAGUAUAAAUCAAACUGUAAACCAUCCACAUUUGCAUAUCCUGCCCCUCUGGAAGUACCAAAAGAAAAAGAAAAGGAAAAGGUUUCCACUGCUGUGUUAUCUAUUACCGCCAAGGCUAAAAAGAAGGAGAAAGAAAAGGAGAAAAAAGAGGAGGAGAAAAUGGAAGUGGAUGAAGCAGAAAAAAAGGAAGAAAAAGAGAAGAAAAAAGAACCUGAGCCAAACUUCCAGUUAUUGGAUAACCCAGCCCGAGUUAUGCCUGCCCAGCUUAAGGUCCUGACCAUGCCAGAGACCUGUAGAUACCAGCCUUUCAAACCACUCUCCAUUGGAGGCAUAAUCAUCCUGAAGGAUACCAGUGAAGACAUUGAAGAACUGGUAGAACCUGUGGCAGCCCAUGGCCCAAAAAUUGAGGAAGAAGAACAAGAGCCAGAACCUCCAGAACCAUUUGAAUAUAUUGAUGAUUAAGGACCAGAGGCUCUCAUUGCUCAUCUGAAGAAGAUUGUCCAGGCCCAUAUUGGAGAUGCUUGUGAAGAAAUCCAUGCUGAGACCUGCUACUCACUGCAUGUACCAUUGCCUCCGCGCUGACCCGAAGAACCUUGUCUCCAAGUCUUUGGUGAAGAGAAGAUAUAUGACUAUUUAGUGUGCUCUUUCACAGAACUUGGUUUUCAAAUAAAUAUAUUAAAAUCUCCAGAUGGACGAGGACUUUUUAAUUUGUUUUUCAGCCUCAAUUUUAAAUAAAUGGACCUAAUACCCUCCCCCUCCACCAUGAAUUGCCUAAACCCAGAGAGCUAAAUCCUUGAUUGCCAGGAUGAGUAUGCAUGAUUUUCAUAUUGAUGAAAAAGUUAAACUAGUUUAUAGAUUAUUUGAAAAAUAAUGGGAAAAAAUAAGAAAGAAAAAUCAACCUUGUUCUUCACUCCAAGAAUCCUCUGCAGUUUUUUUAAAUCGGGUUGAGGGUAUGAGGUACCAUCAUUUACUGAAGAAGUCCCUUUAGUGGUCCAAGGGAAAUGUCUGUUUAGGCAGCUCAGAAGCAUUAUUUAAAAGUAAGCUUUGCCUAUUGUUUCUUGCUUUUGACCCUGUUGAGGACAACAGGUACAAAAUCAUUUAGCCACAGGAUUUAAUAAUGAACUCUUUUUUUUCCUUUUUCUACCCUUUUUUGCCAUGUGCUUCUUAAUUUGAGGUAUAAUUUAAAUAUAAUGCAGAAAUUUGAAGUGUAUACAGUUUGAUGAGUUUUGAUAAGUACAAUUUUGAUUUCUGUAUUAUCAGGCCUUAGAUGUUGGGCUCUUGAAGUAAGCAGACAGGGUCAUUAUUUUGACAACCACCCCUUCUCAUGUUCUUGGCAUGGGGACCUCUCAUACACUAGGACAUCGCAAUAAGAGCUAGAUUUGGAGGGUUUGGUGGGGUGUUUUGUGUUUUGGUCUUCAAUCAUGUAAAAUAAAAGUAGGUUAUUUCCAGCA